UCGUUGGUGCACGUUUUUAAACGCCGGCGUGAAUUAAAUGCUAAAUUAUUUAAGAAAAUGUUUAUGAAUUCGAAUUUUUUUGAGCCGGGCAAGUCUAAGCCAGAGCGCACCUUCAUACAGACAGCCGUAAAGCAACACACUCGCUUCGAUGGACGUAAGUCGACCGAGUUUCGUGAUGUUCAACUUAACUUUGGCUCUGAUUGGGGAACGGUGGCCGUUUCAAUGGGCGACACCAAAGUGCUGGCACAGGUGAGCUGUGACAUUGGAAUGCCAACAAGUGCACGACCAAAUGAAGGCACACUGUUCCUCAACGUAGACAUCAAGGGCGUAUCAUUUCUGGAUGAAGUGCAGACAACACACGACCAGCGCUCUCUAACACUCAAUUCGUUGCUGGAGCGCACAUUCCGUAGCUCACGUUGCCUGGAUUUGGAAUCACUAUGCAUUGCGGUGGAACAAUACGUGUGGUGUGUGCGCGUAGACAUCAAUGUGCUCAACCAUGAUGGCAAUCUGUACGAUGCCAGCACAAUUGCGGCAAUGACAGCGCUCAUGCAUUUCCGUAGACCCGAGGUGUCCUACAUUGAUGGUAAACUGCACACAUAUAGCGAACGUGAGCGGGAGUUAAUGCCGCUGCUAUUCCUACACUAUCCCGUUAGUUGUACGUAUUGCGUCUAUAAGAGCAGCAAUUACCCCUUGGUAGAUCCCACGUUGCUUGAAGAGAAUGCUGCCGACUCUGUCAUAGUGCUCAGUUUCAAUUCGUAUCAGGAACUGUGUACGUUGAAUGCUGGCGGUAGUGCACCCACUAAUGUACGCACCAUCAUGCAAUGUGCACGAGGUGCGGCCAAGCGAUCCAAGGAUCUAGUGCAGUUUAUACGCAAGGCAUUGGAGUUAGAUGAGCAGCGACGGCAAGUGCCCCAGCAAGCGGUGGGCUUGCUGGAUCUCUUAAGCAAUAAAGCGCCGCGGUUCAGCUUUAAGCAGCUUCUUGCUGAGGAUGCUAUGGAAACGGAUGUGGUAGAACAAGAAAUAAACGCCGAGCCAAUGGAAAAUACGCUAGAAGAAGCAACUGAAGCAGCAAACAAACCUGCCCCACAGCAAACAGACACAGUUAAAGCUGUAGAUGAUGAGGAAUGGCUGCCACAGGCAGAGGAGCAACCCAUGGAGACUGAGGCAGCGCCUACGCCUGGAAAGUCAGCCAAGUUAAAGCCUAAUCGCAAUAAGGGUAAAGCCAAGGGAAAGAAACAACAAGCAACGCCAAGAAAACAAGCUCAAAGCGAUUCAGAGGAGGAAGUCACGCAAAUCAUUUAAUAGAAGCACUGUCUGUAUCGAGUUAUUUUACUAUAAAUUGCUAAUAACGAUUACUGUUAAGCGCAAAACCGUAUACUAAGUUAUCCUUAAAAUAAUAGAGACUACUC